AAAUGGGAAUGAUAUUGAUUCUCACUAUUCUUUCCAUGUUCAAUUUGGGCAUCUCAAAGAAGGAUGAUUCAAACACUCACCAAACCUACAUUGUUCAAUUAAGUUUACCCGAUGAUUCUCUAUCUGCAAAUCAAAUUCAAACUCUUUACCACUCUUUCCUUCCAUUGUCCACUUCCGUCGUCACCAAAUCUCGCCUAAUUCAUUCUUACCGCCACGUAAUGCAUGGCUUCGCCGCUUCUCUUACGCCAGAAGAGGCCAAGGAGAUGGAGAAGCUAAACCAAGUCAUUGCCGUUAGACCCCAAAAGAUAGUCUAUUUACAAACAACCCAUACUCCAUCCUUCAUGGGUCUCAAUCAGAAUUUCGGGGUUUGGCCGGCAUUGAACUUUGGUAAGGGAAUUAUCAUUGGAGUAUUGGAUACCGGAGUCACGCCAAAUCACCCGUCGUUUAAUGACCACGGGUUAUCGCCGCCUCCGAAGAAAUGGAAAGGUAAAUGCGAACUCAACGGGACGGCAUGUAACAACAAGCUCAUUGGGGCAAGGAAUUUCCUUAGCAAAACCCUGGGGGAACCAAUAGAUGAUGGAGGCCACGGGACACACACGGCGAGCACGGCUGCCGGAAACAUAGUUUCCGGUGCCAAUGUUUUGGGUCAAGCAUCAGGCAGAGCAGCUGGAAUAGCUCCCCUGUCACAUUUAGCAAUUUACAGAGUGUGCUCGGGUUCCUCAGGUUGCUUUGUAUCUGAUAUAUUGGCGGGGAUGGACGCCGCCAUCGAGGAUGGUGUCGACGUGAUGUCGAUAUCUAUCGGCGUCAAGUCGGAGCCGUUUUACUUGGAUUUAUUGGCUAUUGCAGCAUACGGGGCUAUAUCAAAAGGAAUUUUUGUUAGUUGUUCUGCGGGAAAUGACGGUCCUUUAGAGUCCACUUUAAUGAAUGAGGCUCCGUGGAUUCUAACCGUCGGAGCUAGCACUAUCGACAGGACGAUAAAAGCCACUGCAGUCUUAGGAAACGAACAGGAAUUCGACGGGGAAUCCAUCUUUCAGCCGAAAAACUUCAAAUCCACGAAACUUCCGCUUAUAUUCGCCUCCUUCUGCACGCCGAGAUCCUUAAAAGAUAAGGACGUUAAAGGGAAGAUCGUGUUAUGCCAAAGAGGAGGUGGCACAUCGAGAGUUGGGAAAGGUGUCACGGUUCUUGACGCCGGUGGAAUCGCAAUGAUUAUAGCAAACGACAAAAUCAACGCAUACAGUAUCUCGGCUGACACUCACGUGUUGCCGGCAACGACGGUCAGCUAUGCCGCCGGACGAAAGAUCUUGAAAUACAUAAACUCAACAAGGAAACCAACCGCCACAAUUGUUUUCAAAGGAACAAUCAUAGGAGACAAAACCGCCCCAGCUGUUGCUUCAUUUUCUUCUAGAGGCCCCAAUCUGGCAAGUCCCGGAAUCCUUAAACCUGACAUUAUCGGGCCUGGAAGCAACAUUUUAGCCGCGUGGCAUGUCCCGAUUGACAACAAUUCUCGCUCAGAUUUCAAAUCAAACUUCAACAUCAUUUCCGGGACGUCCAUGGCAGCUCCCCAUCUCAGCGGGAUUGCAGCUCUCCUCAAGUAUGCCCAUCCCGAUUGGUCUCCAGCCGCCAUUAAGUCUGCUAUGAUGACCACAGCCGACUUGGUAAACCUUGGCGGAACCCCGAUCCUAAACGAGAAGCUAUUGCCGGCAGACAUAUUCUCUAUCGGAGCUGGCCAUAUAAAUCCAUCAAAGGCAGUUGAUCCAGGCCUGAUUUACGACCUCACAGCCAAGGAUUACAUCCCAUACUUAUGCGGAUUGAACUACACCAAGAAACAAAUCAAAGGAAUCACGAAACAGUCGGUGGUUUGCUCGAUUAUCGGAAGCAUCUCGGAGGCAGAACUCAACUAUCCGACAUUUGCCGUCACACUCGGCGACUCUCCGAAAAGAUACAAAAGGACGGUGACAAACGUGGGACCGGCGAAUUCAAAAUACAAGGUGGGGAUUGAAAUAACAGGGGUGAGUAUUAAGGUUGUGCCUCAAAUACUUCAAUUCUCGGAGACAGGGCAAAAACUGACAUACGAGGUGAUAUUCAAGAAAAAGAAAUCGACCUCGUCGUCGGAUCCUUCUUUUGUAGAAGGAGCACUAGUGUGGAAUUCUCUAAAGAGUAAGCACAUGGCAAGAAACAGGAUAUCAGUUCAACUAUAAGUUGGCAUAUGAUCUAGUUGUUGUUAUUAUUGUUUGUUUGAUGCAAUUUCCACAUUAU